AUGCACGAAGUCUCUCGCCUGCUUCAAGCCGCCGCGGCGCUCUCACAGCUGCUACGUGACGCGGGCGUUCCCCAUGCGUUUUACGGCAGUGUGUUGACUGCAGUCCUCUCGAAAGCACCUCUGGCCGAUGAAAUAAGCUGCAUAGUAGAAGGUGGGGCGGUUCAUCCCUUUCGUCGCGUACGUCAGGCUUGCGCAGGAAACGAAGACUUCCUAAUCGUCGCCUCUCCUUGGAGUAACCGCUUGCACGUGAAAUACCAACGGCUGAUACCCCCCAUCGACAUCGAGAUCUUGCCCGCGGGCGAGGAGGGCCCUCGACGACUCGACGGCGCGACGGUAAUGAUGGUGGGGAGGGUACCGUUCCUGACAAUCACAGAGUUCAUCAGGGCGAAAAUCAAGGCGUGGUCAAUACGCGGAUCUGAACGGGACGCACAAGAAAUCACCUUCGCCAUGUCGCGAUACUGGAACCGCGUAGACCUUAAUCGCAUACCGGAGCAGGAGAUGAACGAAUUUGCGUCUCGAUUCCCAGCAGUUGCGCCUUCGUGGCAUGAGCUAAAACAAAAAUACGGCGUGUACGUUCUCGCUGUUCCCUCAACGUCGUUUGUCCGCGAUGCUAAGCUCUGUUAG